AUGAAGAUAUUGGUGACCGGUGCAUCCGGUUUCCUUGGGGGAAGACUCUGCGAGGCACUCCUCCAGCAAGGUUACCCCGUCAGGGUUCUCGUUAGGUCCACCAGCGAUAUCUCUUCUCUUUCUCCGCACAUCGAAAUCUUCUACGGCGACAUCACCGACUAUGCCUCUCUCCUCGCCGCUUGCUCCUCCUGCACCAUCGUCUUCCACCUCGCCGCCCUCGUCGAACCCUGGCUUCCCGAUCCCUCCAAAUUUUUCUCUGUCCAUCACGAGAAGUAUUUCUGUACGGAAUAUGAGAAAUCAAAGGUCGCUGCGGAUAAGAUUGCGCUGCAAGCUGCGUCGGAGGGGGUGCCAAUAGUGUUACUGUAUCCUGGAGUAAUCUAUGGGCCUGGCAAGGUCACUGCAGGAAACGUUGUUGCGCGAAUGAUAGUAGAACGGUUCUGUGGUCGAUUGCCUGGUUACGUAGGGUAUGGAAGCGAUAAAUUUUCUUUCAGUCAUGUUGAGGAUGUGGUGGAAGGGCAAAUUGCAGCAAUGAAGAAAGGACAAGUUGGGAAUAGGUAUCUACUAACGGGGGAAAAUGCGUCGUUCAAGCAUGUUUUUGAUAUGGCUGCUGUGAUCACUGAUACUAAGAAACCAGCGUUUAGCAUCCCUUUGUGGGUGAUUGAAAUAUAUGGGUGGCUCUCAGUUUUAUUCUCUAGAAUCACUGGAAAGCUACCUUUCAUCAGUCCACCGACAGUACAUGUUUUAAGACAUCGGUGGGAGUAUUCCUGCAACAAAGCUAAAAGUGAGCUAGAUUAUAGGCCAAGAAGCUUGAAAGAAGGCCUUUCAGAGCAUACUGAAAAUGAAGACACUGUACAUCGUGAAGUGGGAAUGCAACGGUCGAUCUUGGGAGAGAGACUGCAAUUACAAUGCCAAAACAAAGAAGAUCAAAAUAACUAA